GAGCGCAGCCGAUAGAGGAAGAGCCACUGUGGGUGCAGUUCAUGUUAGCCUGAAAACGACGCUGUUAGCAGACAAGUGUCUAAAACAAAAUCCCUGCGUAUUAAAACCAGGAUUAGGGGUUGUAACCGAGGCUCUCCGACGACUGCUUCGCCAAGAUGAGCUUCCUGUUUGGCAGUCGCUCAUCAAAGACCUUCAAGCCGAAGAAGAACAUCCCAGAGGGCUCGCAUCAGUACGAGCUGCUGAAACACGCCGAGGCAACGCUGGGCAGUGGGAACUUGAGGCAGGCUGUCAUGCUGCCCGAGGGAGAGGAUCUCAAUGAGUGGAUUGCCGUCAACACGGUGGAUUUCUUCAACCAGAUCAACAUGCUGUAUGGCACCAUCACCGAGUUCUGCACUGAGACCAGCUGCUCUGUGAUGUCUGCUGGACCGAGAUACGAGUAUCACUGGGCUGAUGGCACCAAUAUCAAGAAGCCUAUCAAAUGCUCCGCGCCCAAGUACAUUGACUACCUGAUGACCUGGGUGCAGGAUCAACUGGAUGAUGAGACACUUUUUCCUUCCAAGAUUGGAGUUCCCUUUCCGAAGAACUUCAUGUCUGUGGCCAAAACCAUCCUGAAGCGUCUGUUCAGGGUUUACGCUCACAUCUACCACCAACAUUUUGACUCUGUGAUGCAGCUGCAGGAGGAGGCCCACCUCAACACCUCCUUCAAGCACUUCAUUUUCUUUGUUCAGGAGUUCAACCUCAUCGACAGGCGAGAGCUCGCUCCCCUGCAGGACUUGAUCGAGAAGCUUGGAUCCAAGGACAGAUAGACAUUUAACAACACAUCUCCCCUUUUUUUUAACAGUUUCUUUUUCUCCUUUGUCCCUCUCUAUGACCUCUGCUACCUCUAUGACUUCUAGUCUCCACUCUUACAAUCUGUGCCUUCUUCCUUUCAUUUCAACAAUGUCUGUACUGUACUUUUCCUCUUAUUCUUUCUGUUGUCUUUUAUGCUGUCUUUGAGCCUUUUUUUUUCCAUUUUGCCACUAGAUCAUAUAAAAUAGUGUAGUGUAGAAAGAAUAUUUUUUCACAAGACUGUGGUUAACGACUCUUUUAGAGCAACCUACUGAAUUUUAUAUUGGACCAAGGACAUUUGGAAGUUAAAGUGAAAACCAGCUCUUUUUAUUCUCCUUCAUAUGUUGGCGUAUAGUGUUUGUUAAGAGAAAAGUGUUUUGAUUGUGUUUAAAACACUUUUAGUUAUUCAUAGGCAGUUUUCUUUUUGUUAACUUUUAGCUAUUGUAAUUACAGUGACUGACCAAAUAUCACAAUUUUAGCUUUUUUUAAAAUGUCUGCCAUUAGCGUACAGUGGAGAGUAACAGGAAAGAUGGCAAGAAAACAGUUUACUUUCCACCUACUUCUUACAACACAAGUGUGUAUGGAUGGUAUUUUUUGUCUAACAUGAAGGCAGGCACAGAUACACCGGUAUAUAGUAUAAAGCUCUCUGUCACAAGCUGGGUGUUUCGGAUAUCCCACGUAUGCUAUCAUGCUUCCUAUUGACAUGCUCUUUGACACAGUUGUGAGAUGCCUUUGUUCUUGCCCCGCAAACAAAACAAAGCCCCACCGUUGACUGCAUUAUAGCUCAUUCAGUUUAGUAAUGCAAUAUUGUGUUUUGCACAUUUUCUGGCUUUUUUCUUGAUUAAGAUAGUAAAAUGCAAGAUGUGGUGCUUCCACUGAUACGUUUAAUCUGCUUGAUAAUUAUUAAUUAAUUAAGCUUUUAUAAUCAUGGCCCCGUAAAGGAGUUGUAUAAUAGAUCAAUCACCCUGUCAACAGUAAAAAUAGCCUAAUGUGAAUUUUUUUAGAUUUACUGUCAUUUUAGUUCAUCUCUGUCAUGCAGAUUAAUUGUGGAAACCUGCAUAUUUGAUCUUUAAAUGCUGGUACUAAUUUUUUUUAACUACAUAUUUCCCCCUGGAGAUUGGAAGUAGAGAAAUAACCAUUGUACCUGUGGACAAUAAGGACGAGGGACCUAAGAUAUAUGUCAUUUUUUUCCACAAAUGUCUUUGUUGGUGCAUGUAUCAUGCUCAUUUUCUGUGCUUAACUCUUGAGUACAACAGCAGGGCUGUUUGUACUGCCAUCAUUUUUAAAAACUAAUGCAGCUACUAUUCCUGAUGAAUGUUUCAUUUGGCAAACUUUGAACAAGGGAAUCGGUCCUUCACGUUGGACCUAAAUAUAUAUUAGACAAUCAUGUAACCAAUUAGGAGCUGUUAGAUAACUCGAUGCAUCACCAGCAACCAACCGAUGUGAUUGGCUGCAGCAAAGUGUUCAUUUUAUAAUCACUUUUUAAGAACAAUGUGAAAAAAAAAAACAUGUUUCAUUCACUUGAAAUGUGAUUUAUCCACUUUUAGUCCCUCAAGUUUCCUCCCAUUCAUUUUAUAAUCUACAGGCAUAUCACUAUAAUUUGAAAGAGUUAUUUUAAAUAUUUUAUUUGAAUAGAUAUCACUAGUCCUUCCUUUUGAAUCUCGUCACAUAUUUUGGAAAUGUAUUACUUUUUCUCACAAUUUUGAUUUUAAACUUAUGGCAUGGAGUUACAUUUCAUAUUACAUUGUAAAAUAAAUAGUGGAAUUUACCUUUUCAAAGAAGAAACAAGGGCUUUGAAAUGAUUUAAAAGUUUUAUAUAUUUACAAUAAUGGUCCAAUCAAUGAGGAUGUAUGUACUGCGUCCAAACGUUUGCUGUAAAUAAGAUCAGUGUUUUAUCUGAACAAAACUGUGCCUUACAAACAUGAAAAUGUCUGAUAUGACAGUAUUGGUAGAUCAAAAACUCAAUAAACACUGAAAAGAC